CACUUGAACAGCAAUAUUUUCUAGCAAGAAACACCAACCAUGGCCAAUACAACGGAUACUCCAUUCCGCCGCUGGGCGAGAGCGAACUUUACAACCAGCUUCCUCUAUCCUUUGACGGGAGUUUUGUUCUUCGUGAAACACAGAUAUAUGUGGCCCCUUCUUAGAGCAAGAAUGCUACCUCUGGUCGUCAUGUCAAUCUUCAUCCUGAUCAUCUUGUUCUUGACAGCCUAUCUGCCUCAAGUCGCCCUUCUCAAGCUUUUCCACAAGGGUGGCUCGGCCUGGGUCAACGGUACUUUCCUGGUUCUUACAGAAGGCAACCUCAUCAUCGCCCUUCUCUUCGAAGCUUUCCUCGUAGACAAAACUCAAGUCGAUGUCUUCGAUGCUGUCAUGGUUGCCAGAGGCCAUGCAGAACUCAUCAAGGUCAAGCGACCCGUUGACACCGAGGAGCCCGAAACACCACUCAAAGCCUUGGGACCUCGCGAAAAGGGCGCUGUAUUCGCACCUUUCUCUUUUCGCCAACUUUUCGAACUCGUGGUGCUCUUGCCGCUCAACUUCAUUCCUUUCGUCGGCGUACCGCUGUUUUUGAUCCUCACUGGAUACCGUGCUGGUCCUUUGCUUCAGCGCCGUUACCACAAUCUCAAGGGUUUGAACAAGGAGCAGCGCAAGACUUUCAUUCGCAACAAGUCGAUGAGAUAUGAGUACAUGUGGUUCGGCACCGUGGCUUUGAUCUUGCAACUCAUCCCUGUGUUGAGCAUGUUCUUUUUGAUUACUACUGCUGCGGGAAGUGCUCUGUGGGCCGCGGAUAUGGAAGACAAGAAGCGCAGACAAGAGAACGCUAUCGAUGACGAAUACACCGAUGAGCCUUGAUUCAAAGUCGAUGCUUGUCUAGUAUGUAUUAUCAUCUCUGUUCGAAACUGUAUUUACUCUCUCUUCAAGCCAUUCUCUUCUGGCUUG